AGAUACGGACCUGAAUAGGGAUUGGAAACUUAGCCAAUUAGCACCAAAUGUCUCACCUCAGUCCUUGUCUACCGCGCUCGAGCGGGAAAGAAAGCAGCCAGGUUAUCAAUGGGCGUGUAGAUGAAAGGCGGGGCCAAUUUAAGAUGGCUGAAGGCCAUGUUUCUGACGAUUUACAGAUGUUCAUAAGUGUAGUAGCAAAUGUAACUAAAGAUGAAGACUUUGAUUUACCAAGUGAAAGGUCCCAGAGAGCUCGUUUACUGGCUGAAAAGUUGCUGACAUUUGCUGAUAAGAAUGAGGCACCAGUUAAAGUAUUUGCUGAGGGUCUUUUGCUAGAUAUCAGAAAGUGCUGUUCUCAUGAUAAGCCAGUGUCAUGGCACAUUUUCAGAGAACUAAUGUGGGAAAAGUACUACAAACUGUGUUCUAGUGAUGAUUUUGUAAGUUCGUGGAUGAGUUUUUUGGAAUGUAGCAUUGGAAUGACUGGCACUCCAAUUUUCUUUCAAUAUGUUACGAGAGUUCUUCUUGAAAGGGUUGUGAAAAGCCAAUUUCCAUUGGAUCUGACUCAAAAUGUUAGCACAGCAUCAGCAUCCCUGGACCUAGAAGAAAGGAAUGCCCUUCGUUAUUGUGGUGGGUAUCUGUUGCGUUCUUUAAAGAAGAAGGUUGAAAAGUCAGCUCAUCCACUCAAAGAGUUGUUGCUGCUUUGUCUUAGGGACUUAUUUGAAGGUUACAAUCUAAGUGAGACUACUGAGGAUAUUGAUGAAUCAGGAAAAUGGACAAUGGAAAUUAAUCGUGGUGGACUCAUUCUCAUAGAUGAUUCUAUGUAUCUACUCUUGGUGUCUGUUGAACAGCAAUUUAGAAGUCACUUUACUCUAGACUAUGCUGUGUCGUCAAAGGAAAGUAUUAAAGAUCAUGCCUUUCAGAAAAUUAUUCAAAAUGAAGAGGUAUUAUUCCAUUGGGAAAUUGUAUCAAUUAAUUGGGACUUAGAGGAAGCUGAAGAAUUAUUGAAAUUAUUGGUGAAGCAUUACAUCACAGUGCGAGGAUUUUCAUUUGCAAGUGCGUUUGUGGAAAAAUUUAAGCAAUCAGAAAAGAAGUCAACACAGAAGUCUAAAGGUUUACGUAAAACUAUGGACAAAUCUAAAGUUUGAUAAUUAAAAUUAAUAUACAUGUAUGGUACAAUAGUUAUAUUAAUGUUUCUUUUAUUUAUGUAUGUUGUUAAAUCAUAGUUAAAUUAUGUAAAUUAA